AAAUGGUACAGUCGAUAUAAUGGCGUUGUCGGUAAAAUGAUAUUUUGACUGGGAUACGUUUGAAAAAGACUUCUUUUAUAUUAAAUAAACGUUGUGAUACCAAGUCGAGCUCAUUUCUGUGAAAUGAUUCGUUAAGUAGACUCGUUUUAGAACUGCAAGUAUAUAACGAGUAAAUUCAGUGAGUGCAUUUACAUCUGUGGUUUCCUUGUGGAGUUGAACAGUGAUUUCUAAAACGCCCUUAUCGAUUUUUAUCGUUUGGUGCAGCGAGACGUGCUCUAGAUUAGAGAUUACAGUUUUUGCCUGUCCAACACCUUGUGGUCUGCAAAAAAAAUUGAAGAAAUAACAACUCGUGUUUCUCUACAAGAAAUAAGUAAAUUUAAAGAAAUAUUUGUAAUAUAACCAAGUUUAUAUAUCGAUGGGCAAAAAAAUCGAGUCGCGAUAAAAAUACUCCAUUUUAAAACAGCAUUAAGAAACCUUAACUUAUUUAACUCAACAACAUAAUAGAUACUAGUGCUACUCACGUCCGUAUUCCAUAUCACCACGAAGUGUUCCUGUACAGAAUUAAAUUGAUUUAAAGUACAGUACUGCUACUCCAUAAAUGCAAGUGAUUGGCAAUCUUAUGUGGGGUCUGAAGCUUAUGAAAAAUGCGGAAUAUAAUUUAUGAAGAUCGAAGUAUUCUUUAUUUAUACAUCCACAUAGAAGCAGCUAGAAGUGGCCUGAAUUUUUUCAGAACUUAUAUAAACCAAGUUAAAAGACACACAUUUUGAUAAUUACAAUUUUAUUUAAGCCGACACGCAAAACAUACAUUUAAAAUUAAGAACCAAGUAAACUAAACCUCCUAAAGUGGACGGAAACAGAUAAUACCAUUUAUUAAUAUACCAAAAGUAGAGUAAACAACCACCACCAUGGUUUCGCGAUAUGUAAACAACAAACAAGAAGGAAUAUGCCUUCUACAGCAACCUCAACCUCAGUUCCGUAUGGUACAACCACACAGAUCAGAUGUGUUCCAUGUAGGGAACCCGCCGUACAUGCCUCAACAACAACCACCACCAAAUCUACAAGGUAACCCAGGGCAAAUUAGAAACAUGGGGCCAACAGGACCACCAAACCAGACACCCACGCCUCCUAAUGCGGAUUUGAAGGUGCCGCAUGUUCAGCAACAAACAGCGAUGAAUAUGCAAUUUAUUCCAAGGGGUGGCACAUUCUAUAGGCCUCAAGGACAGGCGACAGGAAGAGUCAUGAAUAGGGCUCAAAAUCAACAUCAAAACAUCUAUCCUCCUGGUUCUCAGCUGAUGACUGGAUUCUCGCAAGUGCCACAAAUGGCAUAUUUCAACAUGGCUUAUCCACAAAGACAUGUGCUACAGAACUAUCAGUUGGUAGGAAACCAACUAUCCUACCAAUAUCCUCAUGCAGCUCCUCCGGCUCAUGCUCAAUAUUUCCAACAAUUUAAUGCUAUUAAUGUGCAAAGGCAACCACCAACACCACAAGUGCCACCGAUGCAACAGAAUAUGGGACAUCCACCACAACAGAAUGUAUCAAUAUCCUCUUCGCCGCAACCAAACAACCAAAAUAAUAAAACGAGGCCGAAUGCUAUUCCUAUAAUCGACCCUAAGACAAAUAUCCCAGUAAAAAUAGACGAUUCGAGUCCUCUCUCUAGGGAAUCCUCCGCAUGUCAAACACCACAACCCGCUGAAAUAAAUUCGAGUAAAGAGGUGCAAGCAAUUUUUGCUAAAAAAGUUGCACAAUCUUUAAGUGAUGAAGUGUAUCCCAAUUGUAUUUUGGAAUAUGAUGGGGUGGCACCACAAGGGAGUAAACUCCAGGUGCCAAAAAAGGAAUUUGUCCCAGCAAGCACAAUCAAAGAAUCCUUCACUCCUGUUGUAUCUGCUAAAACAAACUGCGAAGAGCGUACAAUUGUUAACAAACCGCAGUUAAAGGAUAGGGAAAGCCCUGUUAAAUCUAUUCGUAAACAGAAGGAACCAACUAUUGUUGUACCGAAAGAAAACAAAGAAGUGAAAGAGAAAGAAAUUUCUGUUGAAAAACCUGUUAUUCAGGAAAUCGUAACAGAAAAUCCUCCUGUUCUUCCGCCAUCAACUACUCCCCCCGCCCCAGUUGUUUCUUCUCCUUCCGUUAUCAAGGAAAUUAAAGAAAAGGAAAACAUUGUCAAAGAAGAGAAGAAAUGUGUAAAGAAGGAUAAAAUGGAUUCGAAUAAAUUGGUUGUAAAUUCGUCUGCGCAAGAAGUUACACAAGAACAGCCUGCAGUCAUUGCGCCCACAGUAGUGCCAACUGUUCAGCAACCAGAUGCUAAAACAAAGCAGACUCCACAUAUGAAAGAAGUUCCAAAACAAAGUGGAACUACUCAAACCCAGAAUCUUCCAAAAACGCAAAUGAUGAAAGCAGCUCCUCCGCUUCAACCUGCGAAGCAAAUUAAUAAAGUAAUUAAGGAAGUUAAAGGUACUAAUAAAGAGGCAACAGAAAUGGAAACCUUAACUGAUAAUAUUGAUAAUAAUAUUAUAAGUACACCUGCGGCUGUGACAAGUGACAAAAAUACACCAAUAAGUGUAAAUAAUCAGGAAAUGAACAAAGCAUCUAAGGCAGAUGAACCUGUGACAAUCAAUACCGUUAAACCGGAAAUGAACGCUAUGCCGAAACCUAGAAUUGAUGUUACUGACAUUGUUAAAGAAAAACCUAGACCAUUUGUAGCACCAGCUCCAGUUGAAUCGAAAGAUGAAACUGAUAAAGCCUCUGUGACUAAUGAAAAAAUAGUCCAGGCGAAGAAUGAGAUGAAUGCUAAAAAUAUUGAUACUGAAGAACCUGCAGAUGCGAAAUCUGUUCUACCAUAUAAAGAAAAUCAGUGGUCACCUUACAAUAAGGAUGGAAAGAAACAAUAUGAAAAGGACUUUUUGAUUGCUUUAAGGAAUUUCCCCAUGAGUAAACAAAAGCCAGAUAAUAUUUUGAACGAAAUUGUGGCUCAAGAUGACAAAUCGCGUCUUGGUGAUGUUAGUCGUUAUGGGGGCAGAAAUGAUUUUGCGCCUAGUUUCGGUGGAGGAUGCAACUUCUCAGGAAAGUCUACAUCCCAAAGAGGAGUUCCUACUAAACGUGGCAGCCAGCAAGGUAAAAUUGGAGGAGGCGGUGGCUCAAAGGGAGGAAAAUCUGGAAGCACGAUUCGUGUUUCGAUUUCAAUUAAGGAAGACGUUAAGUUGCAUGAAACUGAAAAUGCCUGGAAGCCAGCUAGAAUGAAUUCUACAGGAGGUGUUCAAAGCGAUGAUGAUAAGAAAACAGCUGAACUUUAUAGGAAAGUUCGUGGUGUUCUCAAUAAGUUAACCCCACAAAAGUUUGCAACUUUGAUUGAUCAAAUUAAAUCCUUACCUAUUGAUACAACAAGCCGGUUGCAAGGAGUUAUAGAUUUAGUCUUUGAAAAGGCUGUAGAUGAGCCCAAUUUUUCUGUUGCAUAUGCUCUGAUGUGUAAAGAGUUGGCUCUUAUGGAAGUUCCAGUAUCACCAGGUAGCUCAGAAUGUGUAAAUUUCCGAAAGCUGCUGAUUACACGGUGCCAGGUGGAAUUUGAAAGAAACUCUUAUGAAGAAACCACAAGAAAUGAAAAAUUAAAAGAAAUUGGCGAAUGCACCGAUCCGGAAAAGAAAAAAGAGUUAACACUUAUCUUGGAUGAUGAUGAUAGGCGAUUACGUAGAAAAUCCGUUGGAAAUAUACGUUUUAUAGGAGAACUUUUUAAACAACAAAUGCUGACUGUUAGUAUAAUGAUGAGAUGUUUAUAUAUUCUUUUAGAGAACAAAGAUGAAGAAAGACUAGAAUGUUUGUGUAAAUUGCUGUCUACUGUAGGCAAAGAGCUGGAAAAUAGGAAAGUUGGAUUAAACGACAUAUUUUCAACUAUGAAAGAAAUAGCAGAUAAAAAUAGUAAUAAUAAAAUAAGUAGCAGAGUCCGAUUUAUGUUGCAAGACGUAAUCGAUUUAAGAUUGUGUAGUUGGGUCCCACGUAGACAGGAUCUGAAUCCUAAGACUAUGGACCAAAUUCAGAAAGAAGCAGUAAAUGAACAAUUAACAAGUCAGGCACUCAAUUCUGGCCCUAUUACGCCUAGGAAAGAAGACAGCAGAGGUAUGAACUCAAACUUUGGUGACAGAAAGCAAAGAGGAAAUGCGAGAAACACGGGUGAAGAUGGCUGGUCUACAGCUACAACACGUGGUAAAAGUAACAUGCCGUUUGUCCAGAGCGAUAAACUUAAAAUCAAGCAACCCAACAUCGAAGAGCCAUUUGGAUCUGCUAUUGCGUUUGGUAAUUGGGCUCGAGGAUCGAAUGCGAAAAUUCCUCAAGUUUCUUCUACGAAUACUGCCACCAAUAUGUUUGCCGCGUUGGCAGUUUCUGGUGAUCACGACUCAAGGACUGGAGGUCACAGAUCAUCAUCAUACAAAGAUUCUUACAAUGCUAAGGGAUCUAGUUUAGACAGAAUUUCGUUUAAACAAUAUGAUGGCCAUGGUUCACGUUCCGGAUCUCAACAUAGAUCCAACGAUAACUCGCACUCCAAUACACCGUCACCAGCUCAACAAGUGUUACCUCCUUCUAAGCCUCCAAUGAGACCUGAGCAGCCUGAAAUUAAGAAGGUCCAUAAAGAGGUUGAGAAAAAAUUGGACGAACAGGCAAGAACAAAGCUGAUCAACCAAUUGAAAUCUACAUUGGACGAAUAUACGGGAAAUUUCGUGAAUUUGAAAGAAUGUGUUGAAGAUUUUAUGGAAGUUCCUACCUCGGAAUUGGAUUUCAUUCUUGAUGAAUUGUUCAACUACUUAUUGGACAAGUCAAAUGAUAUUAGAAAGAAAUGUGGAGGAUUAUUUGCUCAUUUAAUAAUUUCAAAAAUAUUACCAUUAGAGAGUUUCGCCCAAAUAAUUGAAACAUCAUUUUCGUACUAUGAAGAUGUUAUUGUUGAUAUUCCGAACUUAUGGGAGUGUUAUGCUCAACUCAUCAGUGGUUCACUUAUAGAAAACGCGAUGCCAUUAAAAGUAUUAUUCGAAAAAAGCAGCUUCCUUAUUUCCAAAGGUGUUGCCCAUAAGCUGAUAGCCUCAACAUUUAAAUUUAUAGUUACCGAAAAAGGUCCAAACUUCCUCAAUGAAAUUUGGAAAAGUUCAGGCCUGAAAUUAAGUGAUUUUAUGGAUCCAAAUGAAGUAGAUAAAUUUGUUGAUACAAAUAAUUUGGGUAUAUUAAGCGGAAAAGAUGGAACUACUUCUUCCGUUCAGAAUAUUUCAUUUCCAGAAAUAGGGAACAAACUAAGGAUGUUCAUCAAAGAUUGCACUUCCUUAGAUGACAUAAAAUCCUGGGUUAAUGCCAAUGUGGGAGAGGGAAUAAAGGAUAAAGAAUUUAUCAAAGUGCUUGUGACAGCCGUUAUUGAAAAUUCCGUUAAUCAUUUGAAAUUAGACGUAGAUACGCUGCGCAGGUGUUUUAAUUUAUUGUUAUUCUAUAUUGAUGGCAAUCAAGAAUAUGAAUUGCAAUGCCUGUAUGCAAUUCACAGUUUAGUAAAUAAGUGGGAGUAUCCUCAAGGUUUAUUACUGAAAAUCUUUGGUUCAUUAUAUGAUGAAUCUAUUAUAUCCUAUGAAGGUUUUAUAGCAUGGCGGACGAAUGAUGGUCCUGCAGGUCAAGACAGAAAAGGUGUCGCCGUAAAGCAGCUGAAUAGUUUCUUCACUCAACUCUGUGAAAACGACGACGAAUUUACGUCCGACGAGGAACUCCAAAAGUAAAAAGGAAGUAAUAUAUAGAAAGAAAACUAUAACGAAUGAGCAAUGAGCAUUACUAUGUGAAAAGACUUCAGUGUAAAGUGACUCUUAGAUAAAAUUUAUACAAAUGUUUAUAUAUAUAUAUACAUAUAAAUAUUUCAAAUUAAAA